CAGGGGCUCGUUCCUGCGCGGGACAUCGGGGCGAUGGGGCGGGACUGGCUGCGGGACAGCGUGCGUGUCAGAGCGACCGGCCGGUGGGCCUGGGCAGCUGGAGAGGGCCUGCGGGGUCGGGUGGGCGAGGAGAAGCGCGGCGGCCAGGAUCCACCGGUGCUGCGUCAGCGCGGGGCUUCUCGAGGGGAGCGGUCUGAGGGCGCUGCUCUCAUCCCCGCAGCUCUGCUGGAGAUCCCAGAUGAAAGGUGUUUACUUUUCACGCUGUCCCUUUUCAACCUAUAAAAUAGGGGCACUGGUGUCUUUGGUGGCUCUGAAGCCCCCGAGAGCUCUGCACGAGCUCCCUUGUCCCGCGCUGCGGACGCCCGUAGCCAGUGCAGGAAGGUGGUAUCUGCACGCUGGCUCAAUUAGCCUUUACAGACUCCUAGGUGAAAGGUAAAGGAGCAGGCAGAAGUAGGUGGUAGGACCUUGAAGCGAAAGACCUCAUUUUCUUUCACCUCCUGCUUCCCUCCUUUGUUUUGUCCUAGCAGCAGGUUGCAUUUUUUCCUUCCUUGUUGGCUCGCUUCAAGCUCUGUUAUUAUAACCAACAAGGAUCCUGUUGUUCCAUCAAGCUGUUUCUCCCCAGAUGAGUUUUGACCUCCCCUUUUUUGUGUGAUCAAAAGGCCUCCUGGCCGUGCUAUACUUUCAGAAGCUUGUGUGUGCUGACUCCACCUCAAGUGAUGUUUAACAGCCCUAUUUGUUUAUGAUCAGAGAACCUCCAACCUAUUUGCAGAAGCCACUGAAUUAAGGUUCAAAAUCUGUUUACAAGGUAGGUGUGUUUUAGUGUCCCUGGAUGGAAGAUCCAGGCACAGAGAGGAAAAGCAGCUGAAGAUGCGGCUUUUCAGUGGAGCAGAAGGGAACACGCCCCCCCGUGCUGAUCCCAUCCGUGCUUUUCCCAAGUACCAGUCUGUCGUCGGCUGGAUGGUGUCUCAUGGCUUCGAGCAGCGUCCUGGUGUAACUUGGCCACCUUCCCCUUCGACAGCUGUGGUGGGAGCCUCUGGCACACGAGUCGCCGUCGUGCUGGUGGGAAGGAGUCGCUCUGUUGAGCCCCCACGUGCUGGGGAAGCCCCUGCACGUUGUCCGUGGGUGGACAGCGAGGGAAGCAGGCUUUGGACGUGCUGUAGGAUCCGGGCAACGUCUCGUGGCAGAGGGAUCUGAGCGUGGGAGGCAGAUGCAGCUGUGGCCGCCCCGUAGGUCGGGGUCCCAAGGCUGGGGGCGAUGCUGGUCUCUUGACUGAGGACCUGCUGGCCGAAGAGCCCGUGUCCCGUUGCUGGUCUCUGCUCCGCUCGGCCCUUGUCCCGCCGUUCCUCUGUGAGAGCUGCCUUGCUGCCUUCGGCGGAGAAUCCCUUUCCCCUCCUGGCCCAGACUGCUCGGGGCUGAGCUGAGGUGGGCGUUUCCUCCUCGCGGGGUACGGGAGGGAGCUCGGGAGCCAUGUGCCGCAGGUUCCCUCACGCGCUGCUGAGCUGGGGCAGCGCUGCUGUGGGUGGUGGCGGUGGGACGUGCCCUGGCAUUUACCUGCGAGCAGGAGCAGGUGAGACAGCGGUGUAGGUUUAAUUCUCAGAUCUCUGGGAGCAGCAAAGCGCUCUGAUCUGCAACGCGAGCGAGCUCAGGGUGUGAUUCAUGUCCUCGUUGACAGUGUCAACCUUACACUUGGUUACUGAAUCAGGGAUGGGCUUUAUUGCUGGUGGAGGUGAAGAAAGGCCGCUCUUGAUGUUCCAGUGGGGUUGUCAUGACGUUAUUAUUGUUCCUCAUCAGGAAGGUUUAAGAAAACUUUGUUUGGGGUGUUCAGACAGGCUACAUUUUGGUUUUGGAGAGAGGGGAUGAGCAACCUGCUGCAGCUUUAAUGUCCCGCUGUGAAACCGAAGGCUGCAGCUUUCUGGACUCCCUGAAGCGGGUCCCGGCUGGCGCGGGCCGCGGCGGCGCUCGUGGCCUCGCAGGCCGUCCCGUUCCGGGGCAGCGAGGCGGGAGGAGCGGCGGAGCCGGGUGAUGUCAGGGAGGGUACACGGGUUCACGUCCCAUCAUGUUCACAACAUCUUUGUUUAAUAUGUUAGUCCAGUUAGUCUGCAUAACUGUGUCUAAAAAUAGAACAUAUUUUCUCCAUGCCCUCUCGUUCAAAGCCUCGUAAGCUUUUUUUUUCAGCGUUGGUCUCUUACUGCUCUCCUGAGCCUGAAAUUAGUACAAGGCUUAUUUGCAAAGUUAUCAGGAAAACCAAGAAGAGCGAAUGAACUCUGUCGAAUCCUUAAGUUUCAACCACCUGAGAGGGAAGUUCAUUAAAAUUGCAGUAACUUUCUGGCAGCCUCUUGAAAGUGGAUUAAGCAAGCUGAGUAAACAAAGCACCUUGUGGACCUUUUUCUAGUAUCAAAUUCACACAUUGUCAUAAAAGCUCGAGGUCAUCGGCCUCUGGCCGGGGGUGACCUGAGGCAAAGGUGACAUCCUGGUGUUCCAGCACUGGCAAGGGGUCAGGUCUGUCUCCGUGGGGACUCACUCCAUGGGGACGGCUGCGACCGCGGCCCCCGCCCCCCGGCGCCAGGGGAGUCGCCCGGCCCGUGGUCCCGGCGCGCGGCAGAGGGAGCGUGUGUUUGAAUUUCAGAGCUGUCCCUGGAUCCGGUCCAGCAUUCCCAGCAGCAUAAAUAUCUGGCCUUCAGCACAGCCGUGGAAAUUCGCCUUGUGUUCUCUUGCAGAUCGCUGCGGUCGCGGCUGGCCGCGCUGACAUGGUAGCUGGGCGGUGGCUGCCAGCGCCAGGCGGACGGGGACGGCUGCUCCGCAGAGGCCAGCAGGAGCAGCCUGGCAGGGUCCAUCUCAGAUAGACCCGGAUGAUGCCAGAGCUAUGACAGGGAUUGCAGUCUUGGCACUGAGGGGUGAUCAAUUAUGGAACAACUACAGAAGGAAGUACCUGAGGUCAGGGAAGAGGAGGAGGAAGAGGAAAAGACAGUGAUGGUGGCCAGCGGAGCCUCGGACCCAAGUGCAGGACCAGACAACUCGCUGCCUUCCAGCAGCUACACAGACCUUUCGCAGAGCUCCUCUCCGUCGCUGUCAGACCAGCUGCAGACGGGCUGUGAGGAGAUGGCCUUGGGAGCGCUGAACGUGGAGUGCAGGGUCUGCGGAGACAAAGCCUCGGGGUUUCACUACGGCGUGCACGCCUGCGAGGGCUGCAAGGGUUUCUUCCGCCGAACAAUCCGCAUGAAGCUGAAGUACGAGAAGUGCGAGAGGACCUGCAAGAUUCAGAAGAAGAACCGGAACAAGUGCCAGUACUGCCGCUUCCAGAAAUGCCUCUCGCUGGGCAUGUCACAUAACGCAAUCCGCUUUGGCCGCAUGCCAGAGGCAGAGAAGAGGAAGCUGGUGGCGGGGCUGACGGCCAACGAGAUCAGCUGCCAGAACCCACAGGUGGCCGACCUGAAAGCUUUCUCCAAGCACAUCUACAACGCCUACCUGAAAAACUUCAACAUGACCAAAAAGAAGGCGAGAGGUAUCUUGACCGGGAAGGCCAGCAGCACCCCACAGCCUUUUGUGAUCCACGACAUGGACACACUGUGGCAGGCAGAAAAGGGGCUGGUGUGGAAACAACUGGUGAACGGCAUUCCCCCCUACAAGGAGAUCGGGGUGCACGUCUUCUACCGCUGCCAGUGCACCACGGUGGAGACCGUGCGGGAGCUCACCGAGUUUGCCAAGAGCAUCCCCAGCUUCGUGGGCCUCUACUUGAACGACCAAGUGACUCUGCUGAAGUACGGGGUGCACGAGGCCAUCUUCGCCAUGCUGGCCUCUAUCAUGAACAAGGAUGGGCUGUUGGUGGCCAACGGGAACGGCUUUGUGACCCGUGAGUUCCUGCGUAGCCUGCGCAAGCCCUUCAACGAGAUCAUGGAGCCCAAAUUCGAGUUUGCUGUCAAGUUCAACGCGCUGGAGCUGGAUGACAGUGACCUGUCUCUGUUUGUGGCCGCCAUUAUCCUGUGCGGAGACCGGCCUGGCCUGGUGAAUGUGAAGCAGGUAGAGGAGAUCCAGGACAACAUCCUGCGAGUGCUGGAGUUCCACCUGCAGUCCAACCACCCCGAUGCCCAGUACCUCUUCCCCAAGCUGCUGCAGAAGAUGGCCGACCUGCGGCAGCUUGUGACCGAGCACGCCCAGCUGGUGCAGAAGAUCAAGAAGACAGAGACAGAGACAUCUCUGCACCCACUUCUGCAGGAGAUCUACAAGGACAUGUACUAAGGACCUGUUAUUUAUGAGAACGAAGCCAUGGAUUCCCAGCAAGACUUUUUGUACAAAACAAAGAAAACGUUUCCCUGUGUCUUCCAUUUCUUAUACUGGAAACUCUUUUCUACGUGACCCUGAUGUAUGGUACAUAGGGCAAGAUGCCGUAAGAUUUUGCAGCCACCACCUGCUGGGCCAGGGCUUCCGUUAACACACACUAACAGAUUUACAAAGGUGAAUCGUAAGCUACUGUGUCCGUUACUGCAGCCCAGCUCUGGAGCGGCUGCCCGCUUUACGUGUCCCGGGUGGACGGUGUGGGAUGCUCCGGUCGCCACGUGGCCCGGGCACGGUGCGGGUGUCCAGCGGGGCCAGCAACAGCACUUACCGUGUGUCUUUGUUUUCUUUCUUCUAUUGCACUCCGGAGAUGUAGUCCUGAGCCAGGAAGCCUGGGACAGUGUGACAAAAGCAAGUUUCUCUCUUUUCCAAAGAAAAGCCAGAGCAUUUGAAGCUGGGUCGGGCUGUCCUGGCACAAACCCUCAGCUGCAGUUCCCUCGCUGCCGGUGCAUUCCUGUCUCCAGAGGGAUGGUGCGAGCCGUGUGGUAGCCUUUGCUCCUGGUGCCCCAGCCUCAGAGGGGCCCGGCACCUCGGUACAAGAGAUGGAGGGAUGAGGAGGGGAGAAGGAAAGAGUUUGACUCAUGAAAAUUCACCUUCAGAGCAGAGGCCGGAAUCUGUUUGCUUCCCCGGGCUGUUCUGAGCAGACGUGAGUUACCAGGAAAGUCUGUAGGGCCAGGGCAGGGCUGGGGCUGCUCGCGGUGCAGCCGUGCGACACGGUGUAGAUGCCAGAUUGUACAAAAGGGGAGGGAGAGGGCGGGAUGCUCACAAUGAGCAGGAGCCUCUGGGUGAGCGCAGCUGGGCGGAAGCUGCUGUGCCCUCUCCUGCCGCCGUCCCGAGCGCGGGGACAGCUGCGGGUUCCGGGGCCCGCCAGGGGCUCCAUGCGGCGGCGGGGAGUCGCGGCGGCGCUGCCCGGACGGGACCCGGUGCGGGGCCGCGGCACCGGGGCUGGUGGGGGCACAGCCGGGAAGGGCUCAUCCCCUCCGGGACAGUGGUGUCUGACCCGAAAAGCGGUACCUCCCCGUCUGCAGCUCGUGGCCCCCCGUGUCCCCAGCAGCCUUGUUAAAAUGCUGAUCUUCCCAGGGAGGGGUUGUGGGAACAAGUUAGUCAGUUUUAUUUUAUUUUCCUCUUCUUCGGGGUAGCGGAUUUCCCUGCUGCAAUAACUACUUCAAAACCCACAGGGGAAGAGCUCUGGGCUUCCCUCGCACACCACAGGACUGGCUGGUCCCAAACCCGCCCCUGCUGCCGCCCUCGGGCUCCUGGCCGUGCCUCAGUUUCCCUGCCCCUCCCUGCCUCGCAGGAGUGCUGCAAGUUACCGUUUCUGAAGCACUUUGAAGCCCUCUCGGGGAAGGAACCGGAGACGCUCGGGUGCUGCCGGGGCCGGGGGUCUUGUCCUUCCCGAAGCCCCCCGUGGCACCUCCCGCCGCGGCCAACGCGUGGGCCUCGUGAGUGCCCGUCACCCGGGGAGCUUCUUGCUCUCCCUCCUCAGCAGUGUAACAAACCCCAAACUGAAAUGUAUAUUUUUGCUAGAAGUACAAACCUCCAGGUGUUUUUAAUAAUAUAGUGUCCGCGAACUGACUUGACUUUAAAUAAACCUGAACUAAGUAUUUAAGAA